UAUCUAUCUAUAUCUAUUCUGUAAGCAUUUUUAUCUUCUGCAACUCAUUUUCAUAGUCUCUCAUCUUCUUCUUCAUUUAAUUUAUCCGCCGCCGCCAUCAUGUAUCGUCUUGCCGCGAAUCUCGCCUCCAAAUCACGGAUCGCCAGAAAUAAUGCUCAGCAGAUUCGACACUAUGCUGCAAAAGAUAUUAAAUUUGGAGUGGAUGCCAGAGCGUUGAUGCUUAGGGGUGUCGAAGAGCUUGCUGAUGCUGUAAAAGUCACAAUGGGUCCCAAGGGACGUAAUGUUGUGAUAGAACAAAGUUAUGGAGCUCCCAAGGUGACAAAGGAUGGUGUCACCGUGGCAAAAAGUAUUGAGUUUAAAGACAGGGUGAAGAAUGUCGGUGCUAGCCUUGUGAAGCAAGUUGCUAAUGCCACUAACGAUGUAGCUGGUGAUGGUACCACAUGUGCGACCGUUCUUACCCGUGCCAUCUAUUCCGAAGGUUGCAAGUCAGUUGCAGCUGGAAUGAAUGCCAUGGAUCUUAGACGUGGGAUUACUAUGGCUGUUGAUUCAGUGGUCACAAGUUUGAAAAGUAGAGCUAGAAUGAUCAGUACUUCUGAAGAAAUAGCACAGGUCGGAACCAUUUCAGCAAAUGGAGAACGGGAGAUUGGUGAGCUUAUUGCCAAGGCUAUGGAGAAGGUUGGCAAAGAGGGUGUUAUUACUAUAUCCGAUGGAAAAACGCUUUACAAUGAAUUGGAAGUGGUCGAGGGAAUGAAGUUGGACAGAGGUUAUAUAUCACCUUACUUCGUCACCAACCCAAAGAACCAAAAAUGUGAAUUGGAAGAUCCUUUGGUUCUAAUACAUGAGAAGAAAAUCUCCAGCUUAAAUGCUAUUGUUAAAGUUCUAGAGCUGGCUUUGAAGAAUCAAAGAUCACUGUUGAUUGUUGCUGAGGAUAUUGAAAGUGAGGCAUUGGCCACUCUCAUUCUUAACAAACUCCGUGCCGGUAUUAAGGUUUGUGCUAUCAAAGCUCCUGGAUUUGGUGAAAACCGGAAGUCAAAUUUGCAGGACCUUGCAACUCUCACCGGAGGAGAGGUCAUAACCGAGGAGCUUGGCAUGAACCUUGAGAAAAUGGCUCCAGAAAUGCUAGGAACUUGCAAAAGGGUCACAAUAUCAAAGGAUGAUACAGUUAUUCUUGAUGGUGCUGGUGACAAGAAAGCCAUUGAAGAAAGAUGUGAACAAUUAAGGUCGUCAAUCGAAUUAAGCACUUCUGAUUAUGAUAGGGAGAAGCUCCAGGAGCGAUUAGCUAAGUUGUCUGGUGGUGUUGCUGUUUUAAAGAUUGGAGGAGCCAGUGAAGCUGAAGUUGGUGAGAAGAAGGAUAGGGUUACUGAUGCUUUGAAUGCUACAAAGGCAGCAGUUGAAGAAGGAAUUGUACCCGGAGGUGGUGUUGCUCUUCUGUAUGCUUCCAAGGAGCUGGACAAUCUUCCCACUGCCAAUUUUGAUCAGAAGAUUGGUGUUCAAAUAAUUCAAAAUGCUCUCAAGGCACCGGUGUACACAAUUGCAUCCAAUGCUGGAGUGGAAGGUGCUGUUAUUGUUGGAAAACUAUUGGAGCAAGAUAACCCUGAUCUUGGAUAUGAUGCUGCUAAAGGUCAAUACGUAGACAUGGUCAAGGAAGGAAUCAUUGACCCCUUGAAAGUGAUCAGGACUGCAUUAGUGGAUGCUGCAAGCGUGUCAUCUUUAUUGACUACAACGGAAGCUGUAAUUGUUGAACUUCCAAAGGCCGAGAAGGAAACACCAGAAAUGGGUCCAGGAAUGGGAAUGGGUGACUACUGAAAGGAAGGGUAACUCUUAACGUUGUAACGAGGCCUAUCAUUUUUUUCCUCAUAUUUUGAGAAAUUAAACUGUACAACGAAUCAAAAUAGUGUUUGGUAAUGGUUGUUUACAUCCAUUCUCUUUACUGAAUUGAGCUAUUAGGGUUUUCUUUAUUUUAUAUAUAUGAUCCUUAGCAAAUUAUCAUAUAAUCAUCGACUAGAAUUUACAACAUUGUAACAGAAUUUUUGAACUGGUGAUAUGAAAUGAAAUAUCCUUCAAUAAA